CUGCUGCCGCCGCCGCCGCCGCCGCCGCCUCCUCUCUCCGGCGACCGCUGCUUCUGACACCUUGCAGCUUGUUGCCAGCGGUCCGGCAUGAGGUUCGCGGGGUGGUACCUGAAGAUCGCCGCCGGCGGCGCGGCCAUAGGCGCCUGCAUGGAGCUGUUCAUGAUCCACACCGGCUUCUAUGAGCAGGUUACGAUGCUAGAGUCGGAAAAAAGAGCUUGGGAAAGCAGUCCAGAAGCACAAGCUAUGAGAGAGGCCUUGAAUCCAUGGCACAAGCGUGAUGAAAAGGGUGAUGAAAAAGAGAAAUGAUAGGCACAAGCUAUUAUCGGUCCUCCUUUCAAGUAAUUGCACUCCCAUCCUUCAGCUGUAUCGUAGUCCCUUGAACGAGGCAAUAUGGAAUGCAGCAUUUUUUGCAGUUGUCGAAACAUGUACCCUUUAUCUCUGGGAUUGCUGGUUGGCAGCUUCCAGCUAUUUUCUAAAAGAGAUUGCCCAUA